UUCGCCUGUUCUUGCUUUGUGUCUUCACAUGGCGUAUAUCUAUAUCCGUGCAUUUCAUCUGGUUUUACUCAUCUUCCUUCAACCAGAAGUGUUCCUCUGUUCAGCUCUGAAAACGCUCGUAUUACCCCUCAAAACUCAGCUAUUACCUUCACCAAACUAUCUCUCUUUCCACCGUAAUGUCAGCUUAACAGUUUCGCUUACAGUAGGAACUCCUCCGCAAAAUGUUGUAAUGGUUCUUGAUACUGGAAGUGAGCUUUCAUGGUUGCGCUGUAAUAAUCCGCCCCUUCCAAAUUCUCUGCCCACAUUCAAUCCUCUUAGCUCCUCAUCCUACUCUCCGAUGCUUUGUUCUUCUCCGGCUUGCAGCACCCAAGUCAGGGGGUUUACAAUACCUUUAUGGUGUGACUCGAAUAAGCUCUGCCAUACUACAUUGUCCUAUGCUGAUGCAUCAUUCAGUGAAGGGAAUCUUGCUUACGAAACGUUUCACAUCGGAAGUUCCGCUGUUCCAGGUACAAUCUUUGGGUGCAUGUCUACGAGCUUUAGUAGUUCUAGCGAAGAAGACCCGAAGAACACUGGAUUAAUGGGAAUGAAUCGUGGGUCUCUUUCGUUUGUUUCUCAAAUGGGAUUUCCGAAAUUUUCUUACUGCAUAUCUGAAGGCGACUCUUCGGGUGUUUUACUACUUGGAAACAUGAGUUCACCUUGGCUGAAGCCAUUGAGUUACACUCCACUGCUUCAAAUAUCUACACCAUUGCCUUAUUUUGAUCGAGCUGCCUACACGGUCCAACUCCAGGGAAUUAUGGUGUCACAGAAGUUGCUUACACUACCCAAAUUCGCCUUGGUACCGGAUCAUACUGGAGCUGGUCAGACAAUGAUCGACUCAGGGACACAAUUCACAUUCUUACUCGGCUCGGUUUACGAAGCAUUGAGAAAUGAGUUCGUCAAUCAAACUCAAAGAAUUCUACAUGUUUUGGAAGAGGAAGACUUUGUAUUUCAAGGAGCAAUGGAUUUGUGCUACCUAGUUCAAGCAACCCGAACGAGUUUUUCUGACCUGCCCACAGUGAGUCUGAUGUUCAGUGGGGCAGAAAUAGUGGCAACCCCGGAUCAGUUAUUGUAUCAAGUUGCAGGAGAAAUGAGAGGAACUGACUCGGUAUAUUGUUUCACAUUUGGUAACUCGGAACUGUUAGGAAUAGAGGCGUUUGUCAUUGGGCAUCACCACCAACAAAAUGUAUGGAUUGAGUUUGAUCUUCAAAACUCGAGAAUCGGGUUUGCACCGAUUCAUUGCGGUAUUGCAAGUCAACGACUCGGUAUAUGAGUCGUUGACAUAUUCCGGAUCCUCGUCAAAUCGAUAAAAAUGUAAAAUCAAUAAAUAUCGAAAAUGAUUUAUGGCGCCCAGAAAUCCGCACCCAGUGCACCCAGUAUGUCAAUCAUUGUCUCCCCGAAGCUAUAACAUUUUCAACAGUUUUUAUUUUCCUUUACCCAUUUCAAAUCCUUCAA